AUGUCAAGCCGACGGAAAAGCAAACUAAGACGUUUUAUAGCAUAUAACCCAAACAUUCCUAAUACUACAACCACUAGACAUCAACAAACUGAACGCGCAUCCAUACAAUCUAUACCACCCUAUGAAUCUUUUUCUCCGUCUAUCUCUCCUAACGAAGAAUAUUUAGCACCGCCUGUCUUGUCACCUCUACACUCACCAAGUUCUCCAUCAUCCACAAGUCUCCCGUCUACCUCGUAUUCAGAACACCAACCCCCUGUCCAAGUGCUACAGACAAUAAAACAUAUGCAACGCAGAGACCAUAACAGUAGCUGGGUAUGGGAUUAUGUAGAUAAAAACAUUAUCGAUGGUUAUAGAUACUGUCAAGUAUUAGUGGUUAAAAACGCAAAAGUACACAGAAUAAUGACAGUCUAUGAUUCUGCAGAAACUAUGAAAAAUGUAGCCUUAAAUAAAAACCAACAGACGAUAGAAGAUUGCAUCAACACAGCAAAACAAUACAAACCAACUGAUAUUCAGUAUCAUCAUAUUACAACCAGAUUGCUGCAGUGGAUAGUUGAAGAUUUACAGCCGCUUAACAUUGUCAACACACCAACAUUCAUAAGUUUAUGUGAAUCCUUGAAUAGGCGAUAUCCGGUGCCCUGUAUUAGUACCAUAAAGAAGAAACUACAUGAAUGUGUUGUGUUUACUGAAGAACGUCUGCAAAACGAAAUCAAAAAUUCAAUGAAAACAUGUAGUUUUACAACAGACCUCUGGACACAAUUUCACACACCAUAUAUUGGUGUGACAAUUCACUGGAUUACUCCUGACUUCGAGCUGAAGCAAGGACUCUUAACUAUCGAAGAAUUUCCCUAUGGACAUUCAGCUGCCAGAAUCGCCGAGUUCCUUCGUAUGUUAUUUGAGAAGUGGUGUAUAAGUGAUAAAGUCAUUGCGGGAAUAAGUGAUAACGCUGCCAACAUGACGGCUACGGCAUUAAAUAAUGCCCUUGUGAAUCGUGAUAAAUACCGUGAAACACUGCGGCGUGUGCAACAGUUAAUGAUCGAUGAUAAUCUACAAACAAAAAUUCUCGAACCUAUCACUGACGUCAAAACUAGAUGGAACUCAACUUACCUUGUGCUGCAGCGCCUUCUUACACUCCGUAACGCUGUGCAUUCCCUGGCUGCUGUCCUCAAGAACGAUACUGAAUAUUCAGUCACAGACAUUAUUGGCAGAAGCCAUUAUCCGACACUAUCUAUGAUGUACCCAGCCAUAAACAAAAUCCGAAACCAUCUUGCUCAAUUUACAUCUCGACAUGACUUACCUGCAAUUGUGGCAAGAGUGAGAGACCGUAUUGAUGAGCAGAUAGAGAUACGCUGGCAGAAUACUUUGUCGAUGGGGUCUUUUGCCUCAUACUUCGACCCUCGCUUCAAAAAACUGAAAUUCUUAAGUGUUGAGGAACAGGCAGGCGUUAUGACGGAAGUACAACGAAUUAUGGAAACAGAUGACUCAGCAAGUGCGACACUCACGGUGCAAAUGAAUUCAAAUCGGAACAGUUUCUUCGAUGAUAUAGAUGAAGAUGACGUUUCCUCCAUACAAAACGAGAUACAAUUAUAUUCCACAAUGUUACCAAUCCCAACCCACCCCCUCAACGAUCCGUUGUAUAAAACGGAAAAUCCACUUAGUUGGUGGAAGUUGCACAGUAGGACGCUACCCAACCAUGCCAAACAAGCUUGCAAGUAUCUUGCGAUACCUGCUUCGUCGGUUCCUUCUGAGAGAUUAUUUUCGGAUGCCGGAAAUAUAAUUACCGAAAAACGCAACAGGUUAAGUCCGACUUAUGUUCAUGAUAUUCUUUUCUUAAAACAUAAUUCAAAACUCUUUGAUGUGUAUUCAGACUUAAGUGCGUAG